CCUGUCAGUCAAACGCUUCCUGUCAGUGCACUUCCUGGAUUCCUCAAUAAGUAACAUUGUAACAUCACACAGUUGAUAGCUUCACUGUCCAUGAAUUUUCCUUUUAGACACCAUCAUCAUCACCGUCACCAAAAGCAGGAUCCAUGGCUUUCAGAAAGGCAUUGAAGGGAACUCUAAUAGGGGGCGGAGCUGUAGCUACAGCCGUCGGCCUAUCACAGUUCUUUGAAUACAGGAAGAAUCAGCCUAAAAGGGCUCGGUUGGCAUAUGUCGAGGCACAGGGUGAGCUAAAGGUGCCGUUUAAAGAUGCUCUCCCUACAAGAGAGGAACAGCUUUCAACACUGCGAAACACAGAGGAGUUUGAUGUCCUGGUUGUUGGCGGCGGAGCCACGGGCUCAGGAUGUGCCUUAGAUGCUGUCACACGGAAUCUGAAGACCGCCCUAGUAGAACGCAGUGAUUUUUCAUCGGGCACCAGCAGCAGGAGCACCAAGCUCAUUCACGGAGGAGUCCGCUAUCUGCAGAAAGCCAUCAUGAAACUAGAUUAUGAGCAGUACAUGAUGGUGAAAGAAGCCCUUCAUGAACGUGCCAAUCUGCUGGAAAUCGCCCCUCACCUAUCUGCACCAUUACCCAUAAUGCUUCCUGUUUACAAGUGGUGGCAGUUGCCGUAUUACUGGGCUGGCAUUAAAAUGUAUGACCUGGUUGCCGGAUCUCAAUGUCUGAAGAGCAGUUACGUUUUGAGCAAGAGCAAAGCCCUGGAGUUCUUCCCAAUGCUGAAGAAAGACAAACUGGUGGGAGCCAUCGUCUACUAUGACGGGCAGCACAAUGAUGCCCGCAUGAACCUGGCCAUCGCUCUUACAGCUGCUCGACAUGGUGCUGCUAUUGCUAACUAUACAGAAGUGGUUCAUCUGCUAAAGAAACCAGACCCCAAGACAGGCCAGGAGAAAGUAUGUGGAGCCCGAUGCCGAGAUGUGGUCACAGGGCAGGAGUUCGACAUUCGUGCCAAAUGUGUCAUCAACGCCACCGGUCCCUUCACUGACUCACUCCGCAAAAUGGACAACCAGAAAACUGCCAACAUCUGCCAGCCUAGUGCAGGAGUACACAUAGUCAUCCCUGGAUACUACAGUCCAGACAACAUGGGGCUCUUAGACCCUGCCACCAGUGAUGGCCGUGUCAUUUUCUUCUUGCCCUGGGAGAAGAUGACUAUCGCUGGCACCACAGACACUCCUACUGAAGUCACAGCUCAUCCCAUCCCAAUGGAGGAUGACAUCAACUUCAUCCUGAGUGAAGUCCGCAACUACCUCAGCCCCGAUGUAGAAGUGCGGCGAGGGGAUGUCCUGGCGGCCUGGAGUGGUAUUCGUCCGCUGGUCACCGACCCCAGCUCCAAAGACACGCAGUCCAUCUGUCGAAACCACAUCGUCAACGUCAGCGACAGCGGGCUCAUCACAAUUGCUGGUGGGAAGUGGACAACCUAUCGUUCGAUGGCUGAGGAGACACUUGAUGCGGCCAUAAAGGCUCAUAACCUCUCAGCCGGACCCAGCAGGACGGUCGGUCUGACGCUGGAGGGCGGGAAGGACUGGACUCCCACCCUGUAUAUACGCUUGGUUCAAGACUACGGGCUUGAAAACGAGGUUGCCCAGCACCUGGCAGCCACCUAUGGAGGAAGAUCGUUUGAAGUGGCCAAGAUGGCACAGGUGACGGGCAAGAGAUGGCCAAUAGUGGGGAAACGCCUUGUUUCUGAAUUUCCCUACAUUGAGAGUGAGGUGCAGUAUGCUAUAAAGGAGUAUGCGUGUACAGCCAUCGAUGUGAUUUCUCGCAGAACAAGGUUGGGCUUUCUAAACGUGCAGGCUGCGGAUGAGGCUCUGCCACGCAUUGUUGAGAUCAUGGGCAAAGAACUGCAGUGGACUGAGCAGAAGAAGAAAGAAGAGCUGGAAGCAGCGAAGAACUUCCUGUAUCUGGAGAUGGGUUAUAAAGCUCGCUCUGAACAGCUCAGCAAGACCACCGAGAUCUCACUCACUCCUCAAGAGGUGGCCAGGUAUAAGAAACGCUUUUAUAAAUUUGACAAGGAGAGCAAAGGCUUUAUCACAACAGUGGAUGUCCAGCAAGUGCUAGAGAGACUCAGUAUUCACAUUGACGAAAAUGCUCUUCACGAGAUCCUCAAUGAAGUGGACCUCAACAAAAACGGACAGGUGGAACUGGAUGAGUUCCUGCAGCUCAUGAGCGCGGUUCAGAGAGGUCAGAUCUCCGACAGUCGUCUGGCCAUCCUAUUGAAGACGGCCGAGGAAGGCCUGGAUCUGAGAGGUCCCGUCUCUGUCGACCGCAGCGGAGGAGGCGUCUGAAUCGCGACGGCAAACCCAAACAUCUACCAGACAGAGGCUCCUACCGCAAACUUGGAUAAACACCAAAAAAUGCUGACCACUGUGCCCACGCCGGUCAGAUCACAAGCACAUCCUCUUCAGUCAUUAAUCGACCGGCUGGCUGCCUUCGACUACAAUCACUUUCUGAAAGAAAAGAAUUUGUUUUAGCAUGGUUAUUAUUGAAAAAGUUAUUAUUAGUGCAGAAUAUAUUUGAAAGAGUAUAUAUUUUUUAUUGAAUGCAUGCAGUGCCAUGUUGUGUGACCUCCAUGUUGGGAAAAAAAACAAUGGAAACCAUCAUAGAAUAUAGUUUGACUUUAUUAGGCAUUGUAUUGAAUUUUAAUGGCCUUUUGUGUCCCUAUUAGCAUUUUUUGCUUUCUGUUUAUCUUUUUUGCUCUCUAUUAAUCUAUUUUAAAAUAAAUCCCAAUGUAAUAUGUCUCAAAACGCACCAUAAAGCAUUAAAAUGUAGUGUUUUUGAUUGUUUAAUAGCAUUGUUUUAGUAUUUGUGCACUGUAAACAAAUGCUGGGUUCCACUCAAUUCCUUCUUGUUAUUCAAACACAAAUCAAUUAAGUUACUUAAUUGUUUUCAAAUUUAAAUGGACUCACAUAAAACAUAUAGGUUGUCCCUAAAAAAAACUUAAGAAUUGUGUUGUAUCAUCUCAUUUUAAAUAAGUCAAUUGAACAAGCAGCAAAAGUCGUUUUAUGAGUGUAGUGGAAACCAUUAGCACUUCUGUGGUGGUUUCUGUUGUUUUGAUUUUUCAGCUGGGCUGGUAAGCAUAAAUAGAAUUUUUCUUUAAUGUUUUUUUAUCCACUGAGCUUUCUGUUGUGCCAUUUUAUUCAAGUAAAUGAUUUGCUACUGAACACAUUGUGGUGAGGUUGCUCAAGGGCUGCUGGUGUCUUCUGAGGUAAAUAAUGCACUAUAUGUAAAUUUAUUUGCAGUUUUAUACUAUACACUGCUUAUUCAUCACUAUGCUGAACUACAGUGAUGAUUACUUUUACGUAUUUCAAACUCUCCUGAUGUUUAUGUAUUUAUUCAAAAUCUAUCAUUUCUGUUAUACUACUGUAUAUGUUUUCUUUAAUUAAUGAAUGUUGAUUAUUUAAGGGAUAUUGUACAUCUAGGUGGUCCAUCAACUGCCUUGAUGUACAUUAUUACACUUAUUACACGGCUUCUAGUCAUCACACUCGAAAGAUUGAUCUGGGCUGUAGUAAUUUACUAACUUUUUAAUUAAAUGUAAUGCUUGCA